AAAAUUGGAGGAAUGAGAAAAAAAAGCCUUUGCUAUUUCCAGGAUACAUGAUGAGGACAUUGAGGAGCACAUCUGGUGUUCUUGGCGGAGCUUUUCUUCAUCUUCAUUUCCAUGGCGGCACUUCAACUAAGCUUCUUCCUUUUCAUUUUCAUGGCAGCUCCAUUAGUAAGCUUCUUCAUUUUUCUCGUCCCUUCCCUUUUCUUCUUCCUGAUUUCAAUGUCAGUUUUCCACUUUCAAAUUCCCCCUGUUUUUUAUUUACUCGCCGGAACUACUCGAAUUACGCAAUUCAUAAUGUCGAAUUUGAUAACCCCCAAUUGUUCCUCAAAUUUGUGAGACAGCAAUCCAAAUUAGGGUUUUCUAAUAUUGACAAUCCCCUUUCCCUCUUUCAUCAUAUGAAAUCCUUGCGCCCUCUUCCUUCUAUUGUAGAUUUCAAUCAGAUUUUUACUGCAAUGUCUAAGAUGAGACCCCAACCCCCUUUAUCCACUGUCAUUUCUCUCUCCAAGCAGCUCCAAUUGUUAGGUCUUCGUCCGAAUGAUUAUUCCCUUAAUAUUAUGGCCAAUUGCUACUGCCAAUUGGGUAAUGUUGAUUUAGGGCUUUCCAUUUUAGCUUACAUUAUUAAGCUUGGCUAUCAACCUAGCAUUGUCACCUUCACUACACUCAUCAAUGGCUUCAUUCAUACAAACCACUUAAACCAAGCCGUUCGAUUGUUGGAAAAAAUUGGCAAGCUUGGCUUUCAACCAACAAUAGUCACCUAUGGUUCUAUGUUCAAAGGUCUAUGUAGAUCCGGCAAUAAUGCCGGUGCUCUUAACCUCCUUAGAAACAUGGAAUCCGACGGACAUUGCAUGCCCAAUGUUGUGAUAUAUAACACCAUCAUCGAUAGUCUUUGUAAAGACCAAUUGUUAUCACAGGCUCUCAACCUUUUCAAGGAGAUGAAAGCCAAAAGAAUUUUCCCGAAUGUUGUCACCUAUAAUACCUUAAUUCGAGGUAUGUGCAGUUUGGGACAGUGGAAAGAGGGUCAAGAAAUAUUGACCGAGAUGUUGGGGAACAGCAUACAUCCUACCAUUGAGACCUACAGCAUGUUGAUUGACAUGUAUUGUAAGGAAGGCAAGGUUGGUGAAGCACGGGCUUUAUUUGAAUACAUGAUUAAGAGAGGCCUGGUUCCCAGUAUUAUCACCUACAGCACGCUGUUAGAUGGAUAUUGUUUACGUGGGGAGAUGGAUGAGGCAGAAAAGAUGCUGGAUUUGAUGGUUAAAGAUGGCUGCGAACCUAGUGUUGUUACUUACAGUAGCCUAAUCAAUGGAUAUUGCAAGGCUAAAAAGAUUGACAGGGCUUUUGGUCUGCUCCAGGAGAUGCCUUUGAAAGGAUUAGCUCCUAAUGUUGUUACAUAUAACACUCUUAUCGAUGCACUAUGCAAGGACAAUCAACUCAAAUUUGCACGCCAGCUUUUCAAUGAAAUGGAAUCAGAUGGACUAAAACCAGACGUAUUCACUUAUAACUCAGUGAUUGAUGGUCUAUGUAAACAUGCACGGAUUGAUGAGGCAGUGUGUUUUUUUAAGGACAUGAAGAACAGUGGGGUGCGCUCUGACAUUAUCUCGUACAAUAUCCUGAUUGAUGGCCUGUGCAAGGCUGGCCGGCUUGGAGAAGCAGUGGACAUUUUCUCCUUUCUCAUAGCUAAAGGGUUGCAUGAUGUGCGUUCCUACACUAUUAUGAUCAAAGGGUUUUGUAAAAAAGGGUUGCUAACCGAUGCCGAUGAACUAUUGAAGAAAAUGGAGGACAAUGGAUGUUCCCCUAAUGACUGCACCUUUAAUACAAUUAUUAGAGGAUUUCUUUAUGAUAAGGAUGUUAAGAGGGCUUUAGAGCUCAUUAGCAUUAUGAGAAGUAGAGGGUUCGCUGCUGAAAAUCACACUACUUUGUUGUUGGUGGGCUUACUCACUGAUCCCACUGUUAGUGAAGCAGACAAGAAAUUGCUUAAACAGUUUUUCGAGAUCUCUUAGUGAUAAUUUGGUGCAAAAGAGGAAGGAACAAAUCAUAUAUGAUCAGCUGUGACAAAGAUGCGAAAACAGACAUGCUGACGUGCGUUUUAAAUCAGUGUAUUUAUUAUGCAAGUCAUUUAUUAAAAUGGUACCAGGAAGUCCUGCUGUUGAUGGAGACGGUAAGAAGGAUGGUACUGAUGGAGUUGCUGCUCAUUUUAAUCACACCCCUCAAGAUCAGAAUGACGAGCUCAAGACUACACAGCGGUUGCCAAAAGACUGCCCACCUACAUUAGAUCUGCACGUGGGUGGUGGUCGUGGUUUGUGCUCUUGGUCAGAGAUCUGACAAAGUGACACUUGACUAUUGUUGUACUCAUGUGCCUGAGUACUGAGACUACUGACUAAGUGAUGGGAUCAUAAGACAGGGACUCAUAGGAGUAUAGGCAAUCUUCUCUCAAGACAAAUCCUCUUCCUCGGCAAUAAGAUAAUCAUCGACAUUGAUGUUCCGUCUCUAUUUCACCUGCACAAAACUGUUCAGGAUCGACAUUAAUGUUUGGUGUGACAGAGCAAAAUCAACAUCUAAAACCCGGGUCGGAUGAGUACAAUUAAGCAAUUCCUAUUCUUAUUGGGUUUUCCAUACCUUGAUUUUCUGCUGUGUCGCAUGUACACUUCUUACCACCGUACGGGUGAUGGUAUAGGUGUAGGGGGAAAUGAUAAAUCCAAGGAAUAAUUCACUUCUUCCAAGGAAAUCGUCUUUGAAAAAAUAUGGAUUUCCUUGGGAGAAGUAAAAAUUUCCUUGGAUUUAUCACUUCCCAGGUGUAGGUGUAGGUGUAGGUGUAGGAAGCUAAACUAACGGUUUCAGCUGUAAAGAAUAUGUUUGCAACUCUUGCUCAGAAUCUGUAACCUGGGGAGGCAAGUUUUUAGUUGCAAAACUUUUAGGAUAAUUGUACAAUGGCUACAAUAAAACUGUAGCCACUAUAAUCUUUAAA